UACGGGAAGCUGAACUGCUCUGUGAUUGGCUGGUGGUAGAGCACGUGAGCGCUAACACCAGGCACUGCUUCCGCAGGAAAACACCGAUGACGUUAUACUUUCCUAGACUGAGUUUGAGAUAACGUUGGAGGAGAUAUGGAAGUCCUCUUCUGCUGGUUCCUAAUAGGUCUCCAUCUCGGAAGCAUUUCACCUGCAGAAAACUGCAGCAAGUCAAACGAUGUGUACGCCAUGCUCGGAGACAAGUUGACUCUGCCGGUGUUUAAGGUCGGGACCAAACCAAUAAAAAAAAUUGCAUGGGUCAAUUCACGAGCCGAUAAAUUUGCCACGUCAUAUCCUAAUGGUUCUAUCGAAAUCUGGGACAGUUCUUACGCCAAAAGAUUGACGACUUCCAGCAACGGCUCUUUGAUUAUCAAUGACCUGAAGAAGGAAGAUGCCAGCACCAUCACGGCGACAAUUUACUUGGAUGGAGACGACUGCUCACAGACGUAUCGCCUCAACGUCGCAGGUAAGUGUGGUGCCACCAAGAAGGUGUCUGCUCGGGCUGGAGGAAAUGUUACUCUGCAAGUGAAAGAACGUUCCAUUGAAAGCUUUUGGGAGAGACCAGUUGGGGUACAUAUUGCCACCACCAAACCGGGUGGUGACAUUGAUCAUCAAGACCAGUAUUCUAAGAGGCUGCUGAGAUCCGAUGUCAAUGGUUCCUUGAUUAUUACUGGUUUAUCUCCACAAGACAAGGGAGACUACAGAGCAUUUAUAUUGGCACCUGCUGGAGUGAGGUGUGCUCAGACAUACAAUGUCUACAUUUCAGAUACUUCAAAUUUGAAAGCGAGUGUAAGUGUGCACAUGAUCUUUGGAGUCGUCCUCGCAAUAACCACGCUACAGCAUUAAUUUAUGUUUGACGGAAAGGAAACGGAUGCCCUUAAUUGUAUGUAACGGUGUAUUACUACACAGGGGCAUAAACGGUGCAGAUUUUUCACCACGGAAUUAUAGGGGCAACAUCGCCACUGUUUUGUAGUAGCAGCAACACUGCACCCCUUUGUUUCUGUUCUCCGAUUUAACAGUGUAUGGCAGGGGUGCGUAAGUAUGUGUUCCUAAAGGUUAAUCCCCUUUCUGCUUACCACACAAUACUAAUGCCCCUUUAGUGCCUCCCCAUACCGAAAGAAUGUCCUCAUAGUGCCCCUUAACAAUAAUGAUGCCCCUUAGUGUCCUUUGGACUGUAUGAUAUCCGUUUAGUGCCUCCUCACAGUAGGAUGUCCCCUAAGUGCCCGCUCACUGCAGGGUGAUGCCUUGGUGCUCCCUACACAUUAUGAUGCCCCUAAGUGCACCAUCACAGUAGGAUGAUUCCUAAAGUGCCCCACACACAGAAUGAUGUUCCCUUAAAGGGGUUGUCUCAUCUUGGAAAUUGGGGGCAUAUCACUAGGGUAAUGCCCCCAAUGUCUGAUAGAACGGAGCUCGCAAAGUGACUCACUGCACAUGCACGGACGCCCUCCAUUUAUUUCUAUGGGAGAGCGCUUGGCUAUUUUCGGGAGUCCUAUUGAAAUGAAUGGGAAGCACACUACGCAAGCGCAGCCACC